AUUGCGCCAUGCAUGAGCGUUCCGAUACAUUCCUGCUGAGCGCGAAUGUCUCUCUACAUCUAUGCCUCUCCUACUUUACAGUUUUCAUGGCACUACAACAGCGAUGUCAGCAUCCAAGAGUCUAGUGAAAAACCUGCUCGCAAUUCCGUCGGUCGAAGACCCCGAUGGGGUGCAUGCAGCUAUGACAUGACUAGUGACGACGUUGAUCCAUGAUAAUCUGGGGUAGUGGAAAAAGGUACAAAUAACCACGAUGGGGUAACUGCAAUCCCCACCUCCACAGUCCUCUCGUUCAUCCAUCAUGGCGCUCGCUGCAGCACUUCUCCUCGGACUCAGUCAGCUUCAACUAGUGACUGCCGUCAACUCUCUGCACGUCGACACAUCUUCUGGACCGGUUGAAGGCUUUACAGAUGACAUCACGCCAAACGUAGCACAGUACCUGGGUAUACCCUUUGCGGAACAACCUGUGGGAGCCCGACGCUGGCUGCCGCCGGCUCCAAAGUGCAAAGCAAACGAAACGCUCAAAGCGACCAAUCUAGGUCCUGCUUGUCCCCAGUUCGAGGGCGAUGCACCUAAUGUUUGGCUGACGGACGCGCCGGAGUUCAUCAUCUCGCCGCGGGACUACCAGUCAGAAGAAUGUCUAAAUCUCAACAUCUGGGCUCCUUUAUCCACCUGUGAGACCGGCAAAGAUGAGUCUGAGCCCUUACCGGUCCUCGUCUGGAUUCAUGGCGGAGGUUUCGUGACGGGUGGACCCACGGUGCCCUACCAGGUUCCAGCCAGAUGGGUGGAACGAACAGGAAAGCACAUCGUCGUCGGGAUCAACUACCGUUUGAACAUCUUUGGCUUUCCCAAUGCCAAAGCCCUUGCCGAUGGCGAACAGAAUUUGGCCUUCCUAGAUCAGCGUCUCGCGCUAGAGUGGAUCCGCGACAACAUAGCCAACUUCGGUGGCGAUCCAGACCGUAUCACGCUCUGGGGCCAGUCUGCAGGCGCCAUCUCUGUCGAUUACUACAACUUCGCUUAUCCAGAGGAUCCUAUCGUCUCGGGCUUGAUCAUGAACUCUGGCUCAUCUUUCCUGUCGAUCGAGAGUGCCGACACGCAGCAAACGAACUUCACGUUCGUCGCUCAACACUUCGGAUGUAACGAGACCGAUGCCGAUGCCGAAAUCGACUGCCUACGCAAGAUCGAAUCUAGUGACAUUGAGAGCUUCUUGAAGGAAUAUUCUGACAAUGGUACAUCACCAGGUGUAAGAUUCGUCCCAGUAGUCGACAAUGUCACGGUCUUCUCAAAUUACACGGAGCGCGCUCUUGCCGGAAACUUCACACUCAAACCGGCGAUCAUUGGCACAACGAAUAAUGAGGGUAGCGCCUUCCCCGCAUACAAUGCGACGUACGGGCCUGAUCAGGCUGAAGCCGACGCUGCAACUGCUUCAUCAUUCCUCUGCCCGGUUGUGAAGACGACCUACGACCGCAUGGCAGCCAACACAACUACCUUCCGCUAUCUGUACGCCGGAAACUUCAGCAACAUCGCACCUCGAUUCUGGCAGGGUGCAUUCCACUCGUCUGAUCUUCCGCUGUACUUCGGUACUUACGGUAUUGCAAGAGGCAACGGUACAGAUUUCGAAAGAGAGGUAAGCGAGCAAUCGCAAGACUACUACCUUGCUUUCGCGGAGGAUCCAGUCAACGGCCUACCCAAACUGGGAUGGGAAGCCUACAAGUCCAGUGGCGAGGGGGUAUUGCUUGGGUAUGAUGGAGAGGUUACGCAAAGCAUCGCGGCAAGUGAAUUAGAGAGUGCGUGUGAUGGGCUGACGCCAAAUGGCAACCCGCUGCCGCCGUCGUAAAAGAACAAGACUUAGGCGUCUUGUCAGAUUGCGGCGUAGCGAGAGCGUCGUGCAAGACCAAAAGAUUGCUAUCUCAACUACUCCGCAUGAAUCCCACAAUAUGAUACAUUGUCGAAAUCUCUUGCGCCGCUCACUUCCUUGCAUGCAAGAGAUCG